AUGCGAAUCAUCACAGGCUGUGUCCGGGCUACCAACCUACAGUGGCUUCCAGUCCUCUCGAACGUAGCUCCCCCGGAGAUCCGAAGGCAUCUCUCAACUGUCAAACUGUUACAGAAAAUCAAUAAAUUAGUGAAUCUCCCUGUAUAUACCGACAUAAAUUGCGCACCAUCUAAAAGAUUAAGAUCAAGAAACCCAAUCUGGUCAAAAGAAAAUAGUUUUGAUACCAUGGAGGAUAUGUGGAAACAACAAUGGGAAAAAGGUAAUGCAAAAAAUAGACAUCUGAUAAGCGACCCAAACCAAAGAGUCCCAGGAUUUGACUACCCGAGAGCCUUAUGGACCAAUCUAAACAGGAUAUGA